AUGGAUAACGAUACUAUAGACUCUAUUAUUAACGAAAGUGAAUCCCAACAUUUCGUGAACCCUGUACUAGAAAGCGCGUAUUUCAUUAAUAAGAAUGCAAAAGAUGUCACCAUUCCUCGAAACAGUAUUCAAGAAGCAGCAAAUGCGAUUUAUUCAAAUAUGAAAAAAAUGAAAUAUUCUGUAUCGGUAUGGAAACAACAUGAACUUCAUCCAAAAAUUGCAAACGAAGAUGCAAUUAACUGGAUCUUUCUCGCUGAUCUAUUAAACUUUUCUUUUUGGUCCGAUUUAGAAAAAGAUAAAGGAUCAAAUUGUCAAGAAAGGUUUACCAUCCUUUAUAAAGAUAAACGAUAUACGGGAUAUUGGUCCUUAUGCGCGGCAAUUAAUCGAGCCAUUGAUGAAGGGAUACCAAUUACAACACCAUCAGUUUAUGCCUCAGCAGAAAAUUUAAAUGAUGAUAAAAUUAAAUAUGCCUUUCGUUCUCAUACAGGCGAAGAAAUUCCUUUGCUUCAGGAACGUAUUAAUUGUAUGAGAGAAGCCGGUAAAAUUCUAGUUGAGAAAUUCGACGGUAGUUUUAUUAAUUGUAUUAAACAAUCAAAUAAUUCUGCCAUGAAAUUGCUAAAAAUAAUUACCGAUAAUUUUGAAUGUUUUCGUGACGAAUGUGAAUUUCUUGGACGUAAAGUCCAACUUUAUAAACGAGCUCAAAUAUUAAUAGCCGAUACUUGGGCUUGUUUUGAAGGACAAGUUUAUGGUUCUUUUAAUGACAUUGAUGAAAUAACAAUGUUUGCAGAUUAUAGGGUUCCACAGGCACUUCAUCAUUUAGGUGCAUUGUCAUAUUCUCAACAUUUACUCAACAUGAUAAACUCAUUCACAUUAUUACCAAAUGGUUCACAAUUAGAAAUCGAGAUUAGAGAAUUAUUAAAAAGAAUUAUUCAACGGAAAAUUCAACAGGAAAAUAAUCGAGAGUUAAUUCCAAUAGUUAAUACUAUUAUUUUGGAUUUUUAUAUAUGGGAUUUUGCUAAUGAACAUAAACAUACAAUUAAAAUUGGUAUUCAUAGAACAAGAAGUAUUUUUUACUAA